AUGUCUCCAGCUCAUCAACGUCAUACGCAGACAUCAUUCGCCGGUCGGUCGAGAUCGACCGGGAUCCCCGCGUCCACCCUGUGGCGCCGGGCUAAUAACAAGCCUUCGAUCGUUGAUAAAGCCGCCAAUCAGCAGUAUCUCACCCCGCAAGAGGAGCAAGCGCUAGUCGAAUACGUGUUGCGGUUGGCAGACAACGGCUAUCCGCUUCCAGUCAAGUUUCUACGAUCGCUCGCCCUGAUCAUCGUGCGCCAACGAUCCUCGAAUUUCCAGAUCACAGACCCCGGCCUCGAGCUCCGACUGCCUGGAAAGAAUUGGCCGCAGGGGUUUUACCAACGACACCCGCGGUUGAAAGCGCGACGGCUGCGAGCAAUUGAUUGGAAGCGAGAUGGCCGGCAGAUCGAAGACAAAGUCCGACACUGGUUUGCCAUCAUUGGCCGAGAGCUAGCUGAGCCGGCUAUUCUCCCGGAGAAUGUGUAUAAUAUGGACGAGACGGGAGUUCUUCUCAGUGUUCUCAACUCCCUCAAGGUACUCGUUAACAAAGACGAUUUGAGAAAGCAUCGAGGGACCACGGUGAAGCGGACGCUGGUCACGGCGAUCGAAUGCAUCUCCGCCGAUGGUCGGUUCCUGCACCCGCUCAUUAUCUGGCCAGCGGCCACCCAUCGCAGUUCGUGGACCACUCACCCUACCCCCGGAUGGCAUUUUGCCUGCUCUAAAACGGGCUAUACGAACACAGAAAUCAGUCUGUACUGGGUGGAACAUGUGUUUGACCCGCAGACUCGAGACCGAGCGGGCGAUCGGCCACGACUCUUGAUCUGCGAUGGUUUCGGCACCCAUGAGUCUCUGGAAGUCAUGAAAUUCUGCUUUGCUAACCGCAUUAUCCUGUGUCGCCUCCCUUCCCAUACGUCUCACAAACUGCAGCCGUGCGAUGUGGGUGUCUUUAGUCCUCUGAAAACGGCAUACCGGGCACAGGUUGAGCAGGCAUGUCGAGCUGGGGUGAGCACCAUCGGCAAACCCCACUUCACCUAUCUUUAUGAUCGCGCUCGGAAAGAGGCAUUUACACCCCGCAAUAUACGAUCGGCCUGGUCGCGAAGCGGCCUCUUUCCUCUCGAUCCGUCUCGCGUCCUCCGAGAGUGUCAGGCGUCCCGGCCCGAGAUCCAGACCACGAUCCCUAUGGACCAUCCGACCGUAACCUCUAAUCUCUGUCAUACUCCAAACACCUCGGAUCAUUUCGCGUUGCUUCGCAGCGAAGUAGAGCAAGACACCCAGAAUCUAGACGGUGUGUGCAAACGUCGUCUGCAGACACUAAGCCGCGCGGCCGAAAAGGUCUUUGCGGAGCGCGCCUUGUUGCUGGAGGAGAACCGGAUCCUAUUUGAGCAGAACAAUGAGAAGACCUGUCGGCUGUCCAGCGGCCUGACGGUCGUAGGACAUGCAAAAGUGAUGAGCUACGAGGAUAUCGUUGAGGCGCAGAAGAAACGCGACAUGACGGAACAAGCAACGCGGGAAAAGAGGUCGAAAGCUGGGGGCAGGCGGCUUUCGAAAUCGGAGGAGAAGCGCAAGGCGGAGCAGGACAUUGAAGCAUGGAACAUGAGUGACUAUUGUUUAGUUUUAGAACUAUAG